AUUCAACGUUUUAUACUCGGUCCACUUUUAGCUUUAAUCAUGACUUCAAACCUCUCUCUCUCUCUCUCUCUCUCGCUUUUCAUUUCCCGUAAGCGUUUGGCUGCGUGUGAAUCGAUCUGAUGGAUGUGCAGCAACAAUCACAGCCAUCAUCAUCAUCAUCUCCAGGAGGAGGAAGAGGAGGAGCAAAGCAAAAAGAGGUAGUAUCUCCUGAUCAUCAUCAUCAUCAUCCUCAAGGUAACGCAAAAGCAGGAGCUUCUGGCACUUUCUUCGGGAAGCAUCGGAUGGCAGCUGCCAUAACCAAUCUUCACAGUCAAAUCAACAUCCUCCAGGAAGAGCUGGACAAACUGGAGACAACAGGUGAAUCUUCCGUUGUAUGCAAAGAGCUCAUUUCAAGCCUGGGCUCCGUCCGCGAUCCGCUGCUUCCGUCGACUAGGGGACCAGAAGAUGUGAGCUGGGAUCGUUGGUUCCGGGGAGCCCACAACUCCCGGAAUCACAAACGCUGGAUGUAGAAAGGCAGUGAUCAAGCAGGGAAGAGAGAGAAAGAGAGGGUCAAUUUUGUCGGUUAUGCUACCUUUUUGCUUUGAUUGGGUGAGCGGUGGGUUAAAGAUGUUGGUUGGGUGGGUGCAUUUUCUUUAGCCAUGUUUCCGAUUGGGAUAAUAUUAUUAUAUGCUUAUCCAAAUGCUACAAAAAUUGUCAUUCACCAA